AUGGCUGGACGUGCAACCAAGGCGACGAUGCAAGAGCUGAAGCUUCGUCGUAUCCAGGAGCACAACCACAGACUCCGGGAAGAAUUGGCCAGGCCUCGAGUCAUGGUCAGCAGUGCCAGCGUGAAUCUGAUCAAUUACUGCCGAGCCAAUAAGGAUCCUUUGGUGCCGUCGAUCUGGGGACCAUUGCCCAAGGCGGAGGACCCUUACGCACCUGUGGACAACGCGGGGUGUUGUUCAGCCAAUUCCCAUUUCCGAACCGGAAUUGUCGUCCGCUUCAAGUACAUCAUCUGA